CUGACUCUCUCCUCCCUCUCCUGGCCUGUCUGACACAGAAGUGAGGACCCAGCAGCCUCAGGAAACCCUCUAUCUGCCCUGUGGCUCCCAGACGGAGCCUCAGCCUUUCCAAAGAUGGCCUGGAGAGAGCUGCUCCUUGUCUCCUGUCUCUCGGCGGCCGUGCUCCUGUGCAUGCUGCGGGAAGGGACCAGUGCAUCCGUGGGCACCAGGCAGGUGGCCGGACAAGAGGCCCAGGAAGGCGUGGAACAGAAGAUCUUCAUGCAGGAAUCAGAUGCCUCGAAUUUCCUCAAGAAGCGCAGCAAGAGGUCCCCCAAAUCCCAAGAGGAGGUGAACGCGGAGAACAGGCAGAAGCUGUGGGUUGAUGAGCUGCGGAAAGAAUAUCACGAGGAACAACGGAACGAGUAUGAGAACUUCGUGGAAGAGCAAAAUGACGAACAGGAAGAGAGAAGCCGGGAAGCUAUUGAGCAAUGGCGCGAGUGGCAUUAUGACGGCCUGUACCCACCGUAUCUCUAUAACCGUCACCACAUCUGACCUCUUCGUGAUAAACCCAGAAGACGGAGUUGGAAACACACGGCGUACCCACCCCAGGUGUUCCAGUAACUCUCUCCCACAAACACAGGCCCCUUCAAAGCGUCUCAACUUGGGGCCUGCUGUGGGAAACACACAGGCCUUUUGUUCUGACAGGUUAACAUGCCCUGGCGUUAGCUUCUUUGCAGAUGAAUUCUGAGGUAAGCAAAUGCCUGUGGGGCUGCCUAACACCAAACCUACAGUGGUUUCCCCUUGCUUAGCCAUUGUUCGCAAUGUUAAGAUUCCCAUCCCACGGAACAUGAAAAGAAUCACAGCGAAAAGAUUACAUGUUUGCUUAUAGCUUACAAAUAAAAAUGCUGAGUCAACCUUG